AUGUGGUCGAUUCGGGACAAGGAUGCGCCUGUGGUUGCGGAUGAAGUCUACCGUCAUCUGUUAUCAGUUGAACAACCGGACUCCACCCAAGCUGCUAGAGCGCUUCACCAUGCAGUGGCACGUCUACGUAGGGAAUCCCCGGAAAUAUCCUUUUUAUCCUGGGUUCCAUUCAUUCAUAUUGGCCGUUAA